UCUCUCAGUCAGUCAGUGUGUGCUCGGCAGUCGCGAAGGUUGAACGCAUACCGAACCGCCUCUCGUGUCACUUCCCCCUCCCCACAAAACCUUCUCGUUGCCUUGAAAACUCUACGCCAUUCGCCCUCCCCAUUUCCUUUAUGCCUGUCGUAGUACAUCGCCUUCGCCUCUCAUUUUAAUUCCUCCUUAGUGAACGGGGAGAGGGCGUAGACGAAUGCUUUUAGGUAAUAAGUGGGCCUGCGGAAAUCGUUUGGACCGAUAUAAACAAAGACGCCCAUGCAUUCAUUUUCCGUUAUGGAACUCGCGUGAGGAGUCGCUAUUUACCGCCAGACACCAAGAGAGAAGCGUUUUGGGCAGAAAAGUGAACCUUCUAAUGACCGAAUGAAACUAUGUGGCUCGAGAAGAUGAUCGAGGCAGUUCACGAUCAGUCGAGAGUGAACCAGAGGAAAGAAACGCUGGAAGAAGUUAAGUGCUCUAGGCUGACUGAGGUCUAAAUCUAAAAAGUGCGGGAACCAAGAGUCUGAAAUCUCUUCUUCUUUUUAUAAAAAGUGCCGUGACUCUCCCAUGGAUAUUCUACCUUCCGGGACGAGUUUCUCUUCUUCUUCUUCUUCUUCUUCUUCUUUUUGUUCUUGUUCUUGCAGUGGAGAUCUUCGCGAGGACCUUUCGUAAGCUCCCCAAAGAUCAAAAGCCCACCGCCGACAGCUUAUCUGAUAAUAACCCUACAACAACUACUUGUACGUCUUCUGCUGCUAUUACUACAGUGCUUUUGGCACUGCAACAACAGCUACAACUUUUUAUUGCUUCCGCUGCUAUUACUACAGUGCUUCCGGCACUACAACAACUACAACUACAACUGAUACUUUGACUGCUUCUGGUUGCAACAACAUCUACAACAAAUACAAUUACAACUACGACUUUUACUUCUUCUGCUGUUAUAACUACAGUGCUGUUGUCACUGCAACAGUAUCUACAACAACCACAACUUUGCUGCUAAAAAUACAGUGCUGUUGGCACUGCAACAACAUCUACAACAACUACAAGUUUGACUGCUUCUGCUGUUAUCACUACAGCGCUGUUGGCACUGCAACAACAUCUACAACUACUGCUUUUACUGCUGUUAUUCCUACAAGCCAGCAUGCCUCCUCACUUCUGAGCUACCCCCUCGGAAGCCCAAAUGGGCGUGGAACACUGCGGGCGGGCGCUCGUGUGAAACUCGAGGUGGGCGGCGGCAAUGGUCGGGGUUUACGAGGUGGGCCGGUGGGGGUGGACUGGUAGGAACAACGUCAGCGAGAAGAACAACAAAAGGCUGAACAUCCAUGUCAUAUCGGAUGGCAUCACUCGCCUCCCAAUCCUCGAAGGGGAAAUUUCCCACAUCGAGAUCCCUAGGGGCAACAACCCCUUGGGAAUAACGAUCGUAGGGGGAUCUGACACGCCCUUGCGAUGCGUCGUCGUUCAAGAGGUCUUCCCAGAUGGCUUAGUAGCCCAAGAUGGUCGUCUCCAGCCUGGAGACCAGAUCAUCGAAGUGGACGGCGUCGACAUGACAUCGGCCACUCAUCAGGUCGUGUGCCAGGCUCUCCGGAGACCUCAGACUGUCCUUCGACUCGGCGUCUACCGAGAGAGAAUUCAGGCGUACCGAUCACCAUCGCCCGGUACCAACCACCAGCAAGGUGAAAUGGUUGCUGUUACACUAUGCAAAGAGAGCAGUCGUCAAUUAGGUCUUAAGCUAGGGGGUCGGAGGACUGAGCCCGGGAUAUUCAUCAUGGAGGUCCUACCAGGGUCAGUGGCGGCCCAAGACGGCCGCCUCCACUCGCACGACAGGAUACUUGCAAUCAACGGCGCGGACGUGCGCUACGCCCGUCUGGACCACGCCUCCAGGCUUAUUCAGCAAAGCCACACUCACGUCAGCCUUAUCGUAAGCAGAGGUCCCAUGACCUCCUUCGGGCCGAACUCCGACGGAUCUACAGCUCCUUCUGAAUACACAAACUUCCCAUCCCACCACUGGCGGGAAGAUCAGGUGCCUGACAACGACUUCCAGAGCUCCGUGGAGCAGAGGAGCGGGAGCGACAGUGGGUGCGUCGCCAUGGAGUACGGGAGAUCCGGUUCCUGCGACUCCUUGAGCGACCACAGCCUCGUGUCCUCCAUGAUGUCCUCUCCGAGCACUGGUCUCCCCUCCGAAAACGGGGGGAUCAGCGGAUCGCCGAGAGGAGCCUCCCCUACCACGUCUUCUCCAGGUUACUGCACUUCAGACACCGAUGACAUGGAUUCCCAUCAUCACCAUCAUCACCACCACCAUUCUCAGAAUCACCUCCAUCAACAGCAGAAUUCAUCGAUUCACCAUCAUCUGUCAUCACCUCACGAAGCAGUCAACUUGUCACAGCAAUCGUCACUCGACUCAACUCAUCCAGAUUCGGGCAUCCACGAACUCCCACCAUCAAUGACAGAGCCCAGUUACCACCAUUCCACCAUCUCGCCUCCUACUCCUAGGGACCUCCGCACGCCCAACGAUGACAGUGAUCUCAUUGCUGGGCUAAAGAGAAUCAUGCAGCCGGAAAACAAUCAACUUCAGCAGAAGAACGUAACAAUCAAAAAGGGUGUUGGUGAGAGCCUUGGGAUGAGAAUUGGCGGUGGUGUAGGAAGCAACGAGGGGGACACACCAAUUUACGUAGCUAAUAUCAACCCCCAAGGUCCAGUUGGCAGAUGUAAAAAUAUCAAAAAAGGCGACGUGCUGCUCUCAGUCAACGGACAAUCUCUGCUGGGCCUGACGCACGGCCAGGCCGUGGCCCUCCUGAAGGCGACGGCAGAACUGGCAGGGGUCACCUUGACGUUGCUCGACGGUCCGGAAACGUCUCCCGGUUCCGCCAACUUCGUGCCCUCUUGGCUCUACUGGCAGAAACUCCCGCGGUCUCUGCACGUGUCCAAAACCGUCGUCCUGCACAGAUCUCAAGGGGCGUCGUUGGGUUUCAGCAUCGUGGGCGGGUCGGAUCCCCAGCGAGGCGCCGAGCCGAUACACGUCCUGUUCGUGGUGCAGUCCUCUCCAGCGGCCCUGGACGGGAAGCUGAGAUGCGGAGACAGGCUGCUCUCUGUUGACGGCCACUCUCUGGAACUUGUCCGCCACGCGUCGGCUGUCAGCUUACUAAAGCAAGCAGGGCAGAAAGUCCACUUGGAGGUGGUUUCCUGGUUGGGAACAGAGCUGUGACCUUUAUACUGUGAGUAAAGUUACGAAAACAUAAAAAAAAGAGAGAGAGACUCGGUUACCCACGUGGCACUGGGUAUAGACUCUCACAGCUAUGAUGCCAUGUUCUGGAACUCUCAUUAUCACGGUCAGGUACCGCAAAAAGAAAAAAAAAAAGUCGAGAUAUAUUAUUGCUGUUGGCAUCAUCAUAAUUUCAAAGUGAGUUUGUUUUUUUUAUUUGAGUGAAUAAUGUCAGUGAUGACGCGAAAUAAAUCGAUAUUGUGCCUAAAUGAUAUGGUUAUUGCUGAGUAUCUAUAUCGUGUGAUAAGUUUUAAUCACGUGUUCGUUGACUCUGAAGAUGGAAUUCAGAAUUCCAUAUUAAAUACAUAAAUCAAGAUGUUGAAACAUCAGCCCAUGAUGAAAACUAAUUAGUGCGUAAUUAUUCAACUGUAUCGAAAGAGGUUUCACAAAAAUUCCUCACAGCUGAGGAUUCCUUGUCUGUCUGGAAAUUUAUAUUGAUUGGAUUUUACUCCCACUGAUCAUCUUCGCUCAACAGCCAAAGAGAAGUACACCUUUAUCUGAUUACCUGCGGAAUUAGGACUUCACUUGAGAGUAAAUCAAUUUAAAAACUUCAUUCCCCCUGCAAACUUCAUUUUCACCAUAAGAAAAUAAAACAAACUUCAUUUUCACCAUAAGAAAAUAAAACAAACUUCAUUUUCACGAUAAGAAAAUAAAACAAACUUCAUUUUCACAAUAAGAAAAUAAAACAAACUUCAUUUUCACAAUAAGAAAAUAAUACAAACUUCAUUUCACUAUAAGAAAAUAAAACAAACUUCAUUUUCACCAUGAGAAAAUAAAACAACCAUAAGAAAAUAAAACAACCAUAAGAAAAUAAAACGAACUUCAUUUUCACCACAGGAAAAUAAAACAAACUUUAUUUUCUCCAUAAGAAAAUAAAACAAACAU